UUUCGUCUUUCCACCUCCAUAUCAUCGAUUACCACCAUAUUGAAUGAUAUACACAGUUAAUGACCCUUCACUCUACUCUACGCACUAAACCCAACUUGUUGAUCGAAAACCCUAAUCGUUCAUUGAAAUCUUGCAUUUGAUCAUCAACCGCAAUCGUAAGUUUGAAUCCACGAGGAUGGUCCAAAUGUGGGAAAUCAGGCCAAGAAAGCAGUGUUUUGAUGCAAUCCGAAUUUACGAAGGAUAUCCCACGAUGUUCACUAUUGAGCUCCAUCAUGGAGGGAGGUUCACAAAAUUCCCAGGGAUAAGCUACAUUGAAGGAAAAUUAGACCACAUUGACUUGGUAGACAUGGAUGAGUUCUCUGUGCAUGAGUUGGACGAGGUGAUGCUGAAGCUUGGUUAUGAUGUACCACCAGUCAUUUACUACCACUAUCAAUUGCCAAAUGGAGAUUUGGAGUUUGGUCUUAGAGCUCUAGGGAAUGAUAUUGAUGUACUUAGUCUUGCACAGGUCAUAAUUGAGGAAAUAGCAGAUGAUGUGCCCACUGCAACUGUUGGUGAUCAAGAUGUCCCAAAUCUUGAAUUGUGUUUAGUAAGAUAUGAGACACCCGAAUACAAUUCAAAUAAGAGAUUGAGGUUAGUUGAUGGGAGUCAAUCAUGUAGUAAGAAAUUGUGUUUCAACUUGGAACACACUGCAACUGUUGGUGAUCAAGAUGCACAUGUUGAAAUUGGUAAUGAAGGUGCAAAUAUUAGUGAGCAAGGUGCAACUGUUAGUGGUCAAGAUACACAUGUUGAAAUUGGUAAUGAAGGAGCAAAUGUUAGUGAUCAAGGUGCAGCUGUUGGUAAUCAAGAUACAGAAGUUCAUGAUCAAGGUGCAAAUGUUGGUGACCAAGAAGUAAAUACAAGAGAGUUUGAUACCUUUGAUGACCAACCAUUUCAAUUUGAAGACUUUGAUCCUUUCUUUGAUCAAUAUACUUUUAAUGAUGGUAAUGAUCAGAGUAUGGGUGUUGGUGCAGAACUUGGCACAGGACUAGGGGAAGUUCAAUUUGAAAGUGAGGGAGUUUGUGAAGGACUUGGUGAAGGAGGUAGUGAAGGGGGUAGUGAAGGGGGUAGUGAAGGGAGUGAGGAAAACAGUGAUUUUCUUGAAGAUGAAGAAAACUAUGUAAGUGAUAUUGAGGUGGACAUGAGUGAUUUCUAUAUGAAUGUUGAUCUAGAUGUUGAAUAUGUUGACAGAGGAAAAGGUGUUGAGACUGAAAAUGAAGUUGUUGAUACAGAAGAUGUUGAAGAUGUUGAAGUCCAUACAGUUACUUUUCAAGUGGGUCAAAAGUAUAAAAGUAAAAAGGAAAUUAAGAACAAAGUCAACAAACUUGCCAUUGAGACUAGAAGGAAUCUUGGCUUCAAGAAAAACGACAAAACAAGGCUUAGGGUUGUGUGUAAAGGUAAUGUACCUAAUGUAAAUGCAAGUGGGUGUGCAAUAGCAACCACAGUACCAGAAUUUGAACACUACAUGAAUGAACUUAACAAGUUUGAUAAGGAUGCUUUUGAGUGGUUGAAGAAAAUCCCCCCUCACCAUUGGGCCAGAAGCCACUUUUCAGGCAGAGCAGGAUCAGAUAUAUUGCUCAACAAUUUAUGUGAGGUUUUCAACAGUAAGCUUAUUCAUGGUAGGAAUAAGCCCAUCAUAAGUUGUCUUGAGUACAUCAGGCAGUACCUUAUGAAGAGGAUUUGCAAUGUGAAGAAAGUGAUGUCCAAAGCUCCAGGUCCACUCACUCCAACAGCAUCAAAGUUACUUGAGAGAAAUAGGGAAGCUUCAGUCCAAUAUAGAGCUAGAUGGAAUGGGACUGCAAAAAGGUGGGAAUUGAAUGGGAUUCCAUGCAGGCAUGCCAUAGCUACAAUACAUGAAAUGGCUGAUAGUGGAGACAAAGUUGGGGAGCUUUACACUUAUGUUAACAAAGUGUAUUGGCUUCAAACAUGGAAUGAAGCUUACUCUUACACCGUGGACCCUAUAAAGGGUAGAGCCAUGUGGCAAAAAGUGAACCUGAAAAACUUACCAGAAAGUUUGUUAGUGUUAGGUGUGGGAAAUGCAACAAUAGGGGUCAUAACUCAAGGACGUGCAAAGGUCAAGGUGGGAAUGCAGGAAGAAAUGAAGGAGGGAAUGCAGGAAGCAGUCAAGGAGGGAAUGCAUGAUGCAGUCAAGGAGGGAAUGGAGGUAGCAGUCAAUGCAGGAAUUAGUGUAUUUUGUUUAAAAACUUAUCUUUUGGUUUAG